CCAACUAGUCAGGUAAUGGCCUGGUAAUCACUGGUAAUCAGUAUCAGCAGUAUAAAAGCCACUCCUUGCAAGGGACCAACAAGUAAUCCGCAUCAUGGUGGCGAAUCAGGAGGGAUUGGACACGCAUAGUGCUGUAUCGUACCACUGGCGUGUUUGGGAGCUCACUGGCCUGAUGCGUCCGCCGGGUAUUGGCCAUUUGGCCUACCGGGUGUACUCGGUGGUGCUCAAUUCGGUGGUCACCGUGCUGUUCCCGCUGAGCCUCCUGGCCCGGCUCCUGUUCACCACGAACAUGGCCGCAAUGUGCGAGAAUCUGAGCAUAACCAUUACGGAUAUUGUGGCCAAUUUGAAGUUUGUGAAUGUCUACCUGGUGCGCUCGCAGCUCCACGAGAUUCGGGUACUCCUGAGGCGAAUGGAUGGGCGGACCAGGAGCGUGGGCCAUCCCGCCGAGCUGUCCGCUUUGAGGCGCGAGGUGGACAUUGCCCAGGGCACCUUCCGCACCUUUGCCCGGAUCUUCGUCUUCGGCACCAUCUUGAGUUGCGUCCGGGUGGUCAUUCGUCCGGAUCGCGAACUCAUCUUUCCGGCCUGGUUCGGCCUGGACUGGCAGCACUCCACGCGGAACUAUGUGCUCAUCAACCUGUACCAGCUGUUCGGCCUGAUCGUGCAGGCCGUCCAGAACUGCGCCAGUGACUCCUAUCCGCCGGCGUACCUCUGCCUGCUCACGGGUCACAUGCGUGCCCUGGAGCUGAGGGUGCGUCGCAUUGGCUACAGGAUGGAGGAGGAUGGCAGUUCCGGGGGAGAUCUGGACUACGAUGCCUGGCGCGAGGAGGUGUACGAGGAGCUGGUCGAGUGCAUCCGAGAUCUGAUGCGCGUCCAUCGGCUGCGGGAGAUCAUCCAGCGCAUCCUGUCCGUGGCCUGCAUGGCCCAGUUCGUCUGCUCCGCCGCCGUCCAGUGCACCGUGGCCAUGCACUUCCUCUACAUGGCCGACGACCACGACCUCACCGCCAUGAUCAUCUCGAUCGUCUUCUUCACGUCCAUCACCCUGGAGGUGUUCGUCAUCUGCUUCUUCGGCGACCGGAUGCGGACGCAGAGCGAGGCGUUGUGCGACGCCUUCUACGCCUGCAACUGGGUGGAGCAGCUGCCCAAAUUCAAGCGGGCCCUGCUCUUCACGCUCGCCAGGACCCAGCGGCCAUCGCUCAUCUUCGCCGGCAACUACAUCGCCCUCUCGCUGGAGACCUUCGAACAGAUCAUGCGGUUCACCUACUCCACCUUCACACUUUUGCUGAGGGCCAGGUAAGUUGCAAUUGGAAUGGAUACAAGGUGUUGUCGAUACUUUUGGGAACAGGAAAAUAAAUGUUUUGUCAUGUGUUCGUUGAAUGAAUUAAUAGUGAAUUGUAGUAAAGAAUGAGCUAGUUUUACCUAUAAUAUCACUAACAAAAACACUUAUUUUUUAAAAACAAUAUAUUUUCUUUUGUUCCUUAAAUAAAUCUAUACCAAAUAGAGUCGAAAACUCAAGGAUUCAAGAUUGUUUUAAAUAUAAAGAUCUAGCUUUACCUUUAAUAUCACUAACUGAUCACAAUUUAAAUUAAAAAGAGGAAUGUAGUUUAAAAAGUAAAACAAAUAAAAUGCAAAUGUUAAAUGU